ACCCCCCUCUCUCGCUAACACCAGAAGACACUAGAAAGCUCAUCUCACACCCAGAAAACAUUAAGAACAUACUACUAAUCUACACAUUCGGUCACAAACCAAACCACAUGAAACGUUUAAGUCCUUGUGGAAAUGUCGACAUGAACCGACAAGCGUGAUGAGCUCUUCAAAGACCGACCUGAUGCAGAACAAGACAUACCAUCUGUCUAUGAUUCAUGGAGGUCAUGCUACAGAGAUUUCUGCCCAAAUAUUUGAGUGGGCUCUGCAAGGUGACUCUGUGGCGUUGGGAGAGCACUCAGCCCUGCUGGGAGUCCGUGACCAAGCCAAUGCCAGCCCUCUGCAUUACGCCACCUCACACGGACACAUCAGCACCAUACAGCUCAUUGUGCAGUUAACUGGUCCAGAUGAACUGAAUGCCUGUGAUGAGGAGGGCAACACUCCAUUGCACUGGGCUGUGCAGAGGACCCAGAGAGAGAGCUGUGCUUGCCUGCUGGACCUGGGGGCAGACUCGAACAUCCUCAACCUCCGCCUCAUGUCUCCCCUACACCUGGCUGUCAGCCUCGGACACAACCCUCUCGUUGAGCUGUUACUGUCUCACAGCAACACGGAUGCCAACCUGAUGGGAGGGCAGGGGAACACACCUCUAAUGUUGGCCUGCUCGGUUGAUAACCAUGAAGCUGUUCGUCUACUUUUUAAAUACAGAGCCAGACUAUGUCAACAGAACAAGCUGGGGCAUUAUCCAAUUCACGCAGCAGCGUUUGCGGGGGCUAAAAAAUCAAUGCUGGUGGUUCUUCAGAAAGGUGAGGAGAUGGGUUUCUCAACUGAAACGCACAUCAACUACGUGGACAAAUCAUUCAGCACUCCUCUUCAUCUGGCCGUCCAUGGAGGAAACCUGGAGGCGAUCAAACUCUGUAUAGAACAGGGUGCAAAAAUUGACCAAAAACAGUGUGACAAAUCCACAGCCCUCCACUUUGCCUGCACCCAGGGAGCAUCCGAGGCCGUCAAACUCAUGCUAUCGGCACAUGAUAGAGUCUGUGAUGUCAUCAAUAUCCCAGAUGGAGCUAGCCAAACUCCACUGCAUAAGGCAACAAUGUUUGACCAUGUUGGAUUGGCUGAGUACCUCAUUUCAAAGGGUGCAGACAUUAAUUCCAUUGACUGUAAGGGUCAUACGCCACUGCUUCUGGCAACAAGCUGUAGUGCAUGGAAAACAGUGGGCCUUCUUCUUACACAUGGGGCUAAUUUGAAAAUAAAAGACAAAUAUGACUGCAAUUUCCUUCACCUUGCCAUCUUGCAGCCUAAAGGUCUGAAAAACCUUCCUCCAGAAGUCUUACAGUGCGGCAAUGUCAGAGAGCUCCUGGGUGCAGAGGACAAUGAGGGUUGUACUCCCCUGCAUUACGCCUGCAGACUGGGAAUCCCAGAGUCAGUGACGGACAUGCUCGGACUCAACGUCUCACUAGAACAGAAGUCUAAGCAGAAGAAAUCUGCACUGCAUUUCGCGGCCGAGUAUGGGAGGAUAAACACCUGCCACAGACUCCUGGAGUGGAUGACCUGCACCAGGCUGCUGAACGAGGGAGAUGAGAGUGGGAUGACUCCCCUCCACCUGGCAUCCCGAGGCGGCCAUAUUAAAGUGCUGGAGCUACUGCUGCGGAAAGGAGCUCUGUUCCACAGUGACUCUAAAGGUUGGACCUGUCUACAUCACGCUGCAGCAGAGGGAUAUACCCAGACCAUGAUCAUACUCCUGCAAUCAAAUAUCAAACUGCUGGACAAAACAGAUGAAGACAUGAACACAGCGUUACAUCUGGCUGCCAGGGAGGGCCAUGCGGCUGCAGUGACACUGCUCCUGGGCAGAGGGGCCCAGAUGACGCUCAACAAGAGUGAUGCCUCCUUCCUCCACGAAGCUGUUCUCAACGGCAGGAAAGACGUUGCCUUCGCUGUCAUCCACAAUGAGAGAUGUGAUGAGGCUAUGCUAUUGUUCGAAGUGAAGUCAACUAAGGGAUGUGUUGUCAUGGACAUGAUAGAGUUCCUGCCUGAGUCAUUCAAACAUCUCUUGGACACUUGUGUGAAGGAGUCAGAUGAUGACGUAAAUAGUUACAACUACUCUAUCGAGUACACUUUCAAAUGGCUCCAAGCUCCCAUUCAUAUCAUUAAGCUUGCAAAAACAGACAAAAGCUACUACUUCCAGCCUCUCACUGCUCUAAAUUGCAUGGUGCAAUUUAAUUGCAUAGAGCUUCUGACCCAUCCUGUCUGCAAGAAGUAUCUAGAAAUGAAAUGGAACGCCUAUGGUAUCAAAGUGCAUCUGCUCAAUCUGGCUGUCUACUCACUUGGUCUGGGGCCUCUGACACACAUCAUUCAUACUCUGAAGCCCAUCCUCAACACCAAUGUCACCCAUACUACAUCACCAUCAUCAUCAGUACGCAUGGUGACCACCUCCCUUGACAAGCAAUGCUAUCUUAUCACCACCUGCAUGUUCCUGAUUCUUGCCAUGAAUCUGUACACAGUUGGCAAGGAGCUGGUGCAGAUGGUUCAGCAGGGUUCAAAGUACUUCCGUGAUGUGACCAAUGCAUUAGACUGGGGUGCUGCCAUCAGUUCUCUGUUGUUUGUGAUCCCUUUACUGAUGGACUUCAAGGAGACAUGGCAUUGGGAGGCUGGGGUAGUGGCAGUUCUUCUAUCCUGGAUCAACUUUCUCCUCUAUUUCCAACGGUUUGAACGUGUUGGGAUCUACGUGGUGAUGUUUUUAGAGAUUGCAAAAACUCUUUUAAGCAUCAUUGUACUGUUCUUCUACUUGCUGCUUGCAUUUGCAUUGGCUUUCUAUGCCCUGAUACAAGACCAGAACGUUGUUGACAGUGGAUCAAGCAUGCUGCUAGCAAUCAUGCAAGUAUUUUUCAUGAUGGUUGGAGAACUCAACUACCAAGAAAAUAUCCUGAAGCCAUUUCUGAACGGGAUUCUGCCAUUCCCUUCUUUGACCUAUGCCAUUUUUGUUAUGUUCACCUUCGCUGUGCCCAUUCUCCUCAUGAACCUAAUGAUUGGCUUGGCUGUUGGUGACAUAGCAGAAGUACAGGCGAAUGCUGUGCUGAAGCAAAUGGGAAUGCAGAUUGAGCUUCACACUAGUCUAGAGGAGAAGAUGCCGUACUGGUUAAUGAAGAGGGUUGACCAGGCCUCUCUCACUGAGUACCCUAACAGAGCCUACGGCAGAAAGAGAGAAGUGUUCUAUGCAAUGCUGGGUAUGGGGCAUGAGAGAACCCGUCUCAGCCCCACUUCCCCUCCAUCUACACCUAUGGAACAGGAAAUCCGUAAACAGAAGUACAGGCUGAAGGAGAUGUCUAAUGUUAUCGAGAAGCAGCACAACCUGCUGAAGCUGAUCGUUCAGAAGAUGGAGAUCAGUUCAGAGGUGGAGGAGGAGCAUGAUGGUCCUCAGCUGUUCCAGGGCUACAGGGACAAGUCCCUCCCCUCCCAGAGCAAAUGGAACCCUCUGCUGAGGGCACUGGGAGCUAGGAAGUAACAUCCACCACAUAUAUUAUAAUGGACUGACAAGUCAACCCCUGCACAUCACCCAUUCAAUAUUUCAGCUAAACUAAUCGACAGUGUUCCUUUAGUAAUGUAUAUUACUAGAUGUAAGGGAAGACAAGUGUCAUGAUUUAAACUCAUUUCAAUUGUAUUUUGCAUGGUUCUCUGAAUCAUUUAGUCGGAUGCACCCCACAUUUUCCUAUGGGCGUAAAAUAGGAUAUAUAAUAGAAAACGAGUCAGGAUUAUACAUUUACAGUAUCUGUGCAUUCGUGCUAAAGCGCUUUGAGGACCCCAUAUUUAAGUGUCCUUUAAAACAAUAUUCAUUGUUAGAGGUGUAUCAAUAACAUAUUGUUUCUGUAGCUGACUAGGAGGACAAGGAUCUGUGUGUACUGGAUCAUGUUUUUCUCUUUUUGGCAUCCUCUGUGGGCUCAGGCAUGGGUUUCUUCCUCUUGUUUUCACUGUGUACUGGAGAGAGAUGCAUAAGAAAAAGACAGCUUAUUUGAUUGUGGAUCCAAUGAGUCCAGGGCCCAUAUUCACAUUGCGUCUCAGAGCAGGAAACCUGAUCUAGGAUGAGAUCGCUCCUUGUCUUAUUCAUUAUGAUUUAAACGGCUAAAUUGAUACUAGAUCACAACUCCUACUCUUUUGAUAGGCCCAAAACUACAGUAUGAAAACAAAAAACGCAUUAUUCCACUUUGAUUGAGAAUUGAAUCCCUGCACACCUUCUCCAUGAUGUUUCCAAGUACCUUAUAAAAAUGUUUUAAGAAUAUUGCCCACUGUACUAUUAUGGGAAUGUUAGGGGUCAUGUAUUGAAAGUGGUUCUAACCUGAAGCUGGGCUCCUUCCCUCCUCUCUGUCUGGAGUGGGCCUGUGGGGGGAAGUCUUUACAUGAUGACAAGGAGGACGGGGAACAGAGGACCGGGAGGCAUGUGCACUGGAAGAGUGUGCAGUAACAGUUUGUCUGCACUCCUCCUGUUGGACUGCUUGAACUGUGGCAAUAGGCUUUACCCCUGGGGAGAGGAAUGCGGUGUUGUAAGAAGAGAGGGGUGACACCAGUUACCCCUUACAAUACAUACGGUCUUCAAUAGGAAACGCUCCAUUGGAUUUCCAUGCAUGGAUCAGAACAGACGUACAGUAGGUAAAUGACUGAACCUAAACAGGUGCAACCAUCAGAUGGAUCAUGUUGAACUGAACAGUUAAUUGCUAAAUACAUAAAAGGGACAAAGGGAAAAUGCUGUGAAAUCUCAAAAAUGCCAUAUUAUGAGUGAAAGUUGAUGCUUUUUCAAUAGGGUGUAUUAUUUUGGGUCAUAUAAACAAAGGAGUGAGACAGUGGGCGUGUGAGAGAGGGAACAGUCUGUUCUAUAUCGCAUCUUUCUAUCUGUAAUAACUCUAAACAUUUUCCAGUAAAGAGGUGGCGUGGAGUGAAACAUAGAAAAUGAGGAUUUAAUCAUCUCACAUACAGUGCAUUUGAAAAGUAUUCAAGCCCCUUGACUUUUUCCACAUUUUGAUAUACAACUUUACUCUAAAAUGUAUUAAAUGAUUUUCUUCCCUCAUCCAUCAGAAAUACCAUAUUUACAUUAGUAUUCAGACCCAUUGCUAUGAGACUACAAAACAUUGAGCUCAGGUGCAUCCUGUUUCCAUUGAUCAUC